GAGGAAGAAGAAAAAGAGCGGGGCGGGGGAAAGAAGCUGAAGACCCUGUCGCUACCCCGCAGUGUUCAGUUUUCUAGCAACCAUGGCCGGAGCAGAGGAGAUGAAUAAGUAUCGCUCACCUCUGGUGUCCAGAUACGCCAGCAAAGAAAUGAGCUACAACUUCAGCGACAAAAAGAAGUUCACCACCUGGAGGAAGCUGUGGAUUUUCCUCGCCAAAGCUGAGAAGGUUUUAUCUUCUCUACUGAGGUUUUAUUUGACCUGUCUGACCUAUGACCCCUUUGGAGAGAGAGCCUACCUGGUGACUGGACAGACAUAUAGUCGCAAAGUGGACGUAGACUGCCUGUCCACGCUCGCUAGUUUGGGAGCUUCUAUGCACAAGAUCUGCACAGACAUCCGCCUGCUGGCCAACCUAAAAGAGAUCGAGGAACCUUUUGAGAAGGAGCAGAUUGGUUCCAGUGCUAUGCCCUACAAGAGGAACCCCAUGCGUGCAGAACGCUGCUGUAGCUUAGCCCGACAUCUGAUUGCGUUGAUGGCCGACCCCCUGCAGACUGCCUCAGUCCAGUGGCUGGAGAGGACACUGGAUGACAGCGCCAACAGGUCAGCCAACACAGACACUUACACUGCUGUGAAUUUGGGCAGCUCGUGGUGGAUGUGUCUCGGUGACUUUGGGGUAGACCACAAGACCCUCUGUGAUGUUCUGCAGUGUGCUGAGGAUGAUGUCUGCUGUCAGGAAGGACUCGGGCAGGGAGAUCCUCCUGCACAGGAGCAAGGCAGGGAAGAGAGGAAAGAAACCAUCAAGGCAGCAGCUGUGGUUAAACAGGAAGGUGGAGACCAUGACCUGCUGGCCAGAAUCCAGCGAGACCCCUACUUUGCACCCAUUCUAGGGCAGCUGGAUGCUUUGCUGGAUCCCAAGACCUUUACUGGGCGUGCACCAAUGCACCGAUUGUGA